AUGAAACAACCGAAGAAAGGGGCGUCUCUUUUCUCGUUACUGCCGGAAGAUUGCAUAUCGGCGAUCAUUUCGUUGACAUCACCGAGGGAUGCUUGCAGAGCUUCGGCGAUCUCAUCGGCGUUCAAGUUGGCAGCCAAUUCCGACAUCGUGUGGGAGAAAUUCCUGCCGUACGAUUAUCCGGAGAUCAUAUCGAGGUCCGUCUCUCCGGUGGUUUACUCCACCAAAAAAGAACUCUACUUUCGCCUCUGCAACUCUCCUAUCCUCCUUGAUGGAAGCAAGCUGGUGCUUGUGCUCAUAGCUGUCCCUGUGGUUGAUAUUGGUACCAAGAUGCAAACACAUAUGCUGUCCCCAAACACCACCUAUGCAGCUUACCUUGUCUUUAAACUUCCAGAGAAUAAGGAGGCAUAUGAAGUUACAGCAAAGUCAUCAGUUAGAUUUCUUGCAGAAAUCCAAGAUGGGGCUGAAGCUUCAAACAACCGAGUUUAUUUGAAAACGGCCACAAAAAGAACUAAACCGCAGAACAGAGUAGAUGGUUGGAUGGAGAUUGAGAUGGGGGAGUUUAAAAAUGAUCAUGGAGAUGGCGGUGAAUUGGAGAUCCAAUUAACGGAUAUCAUGAACCUUACUUGGUUCAGUUGCCCCAUUGUUGAGGGCAUUGAGCUUCGGCCUAAAGAGAAUCAUGAUUUGGAAUGAAAAAGGUCAUAUGACAACCUAAGUUUUGAAUCAUUUUUGGACAUAGCAAUAAAGGCAGCGUGCGUGUAUGGAAGGUGACCAGUGCAGCAGUGCUGUUUAUUGGCGCCGCAGCUCUGGAGGUGCAGUAAGAUAGCGCGGCCCUGCUAUGAGGCAGGGCUGCGGCGCCGGCUUCAGCGAGGGUCUGACAUGUUUUUGAGUAGAAAUAGGAUUCUAAUGCUACAGAUGAUAGGUUUUAACAAGAGACCUAUAUAUAUUGAUAAGAAGAGCUGCUAACAGAGGGACAGAAGGAUUGAGAGUGAAUUGAAGGUAGGGAUCGAAGGAAGCAAUGUGAAGAAGAUCGAAAUUGAAGGCUAGAGAGAGAUUAAAGAUUUCAACACAAUUUUCAUUCUUUUCUCUUACUUUU